AAUCAUGAUUUUUCUUCGAUCCUAAUUGGUAUCGUUUAGGAUUAUUUUUACAAAUUAUUUAUUAAAUCGUAGUACUAUGUUAAUUUAAGCUUUUACCACUUUUUGCGAAUAAAGUGUACUCGAUUAUGCAAUCCUACGAAGUACUAUAUCCAAGCUAUGAAAUUGUGUGACAAUUUAUAUACUGUGAAACACAAAAUUAAAGAAAAUUUGUUAAUAUAUAAAAUUGAAAAUUAUAAAAAUAUAAAAUUGAAGAGGAAAGCAUAUUAUUUUGGGGAGAAUUGUAAGAAAUACAAUCUUUUACUUUAUCAAAAAUAUUACAUAUAUAUGUAUGUACACGUGUUACACAUACAUAGAUAUAUGCACACAUAUACGCAUUGCUAUCGAGAGCGAUGAUGCUUUUCUGUCGCAUUACUCUCGUUUAUUACGUCUCCAUGACAAGUAUAAACAGCGUUGAUAGUUUUUGUAGAGAGUUUAUUCGUGAAUGAGGAAAGUGAUGCCAGAAAUUGCGAUCACUCCGAAAAGCUUAUCUUCCCUGAGUGCUUCAACGAGUUCCAGGGAAGAGUCAAACCAAUUUUUUUCUAAGAAAAGGCUGACAAAAUGCAUGCAACAUAAAUUUCUAACGUACUCGCAACUUCCUGUAAGAUGUCAGAGACCCAGUCGGUACUAUCGUCCUCCGAGGACAUUUUUCAGAUUGACUAGCUUUGCAACUAUUAAUCGAACAACUGCAAUUAACACGACGAAAAGUUGUCCGGAUAAUUCAACAUGCUCGAUAUUCCAUGCUGUUGAUACCUCGCACUGCAAAAAGAGUUUAUCCAUGAUCGAUUUUUCAUCUUUAAUAAUGGAGGCUGAAAAUAGCGAUCUUAGAUCAGACAGUAGAUCAGACAGUAGCUUCAUAGAAAAGCUUGAAGAGAAUGAUAAAAUUAAGGACACCAUUAGCAACGAAAUGGGAAUCAGUGUUGGUAUCAGGAAGUGGAUGGACGGGUUCACGACUUCAAAAUCGGAGGAAGCGUGUUGUCAGUUCUUUCAAAACCCAAAGAAAGCAGCGAAUUUGGUGUGUCAUGUACUUAUGUUAAAUGCUUGGAGACGUAGACGCAGCGAAGUUCAAUAUCUACAUGGCACAAUCGACGACUUGAGCCAACAGAUCGAACACCUGCAUCUACAAAUCGUUGUUCUGCGUCGAUUGCUCGACACGGAGAAUAUCCGUGUCAGUAAAUUGACCAGCAACGUUCAUCGUGCCAAGAUCCAAUUUGACGAAACGUCGAAGGAAAAGAAUACGUUGAAAUUGGAAAAAGUACAAAUGGAAAACGAGAUUAAGCGUUUGACCGAGCUUUGCGAGGAGAGGCUAGUCGCAGCGGAAAAUGUACAAAACGAGCUACUCACCGCACAAAAUCACCUUCAUGCGCUCGACAUGCAGAUGUCGAAGGAUCGAGAAAAACUGUUGAAGUUACGGGAAGAUAAAAGAAUACUUCUGGAAAAGGUGACGGCCAGCGAAACGUUAGCAACGGAACGAGGAAUGAGAGCAGACAAAGCUGAAUCAUGCAUGGAGGAUUUACAAUUGAAACUCGCUACGCAGACUGCUCUGGUUGAAUCUUCGCAGGAACAGAUAGAACGAUAUUCAAAAGAGUUAAAAGUUAAAGAAGAUGAGAAAAUCAAGUUGUUAAAACGUUUAAAAUCAAGCGAAGAUAUGGGGAGAAAUUUAAGCUUGCGAACAAUUUCUUUGGAAGCUCAACUAGUUGAUGGAGGGGUAGCCCUGGAACACAUGCAGGAAGCAUACAAUUCACAAUUAACGGAACUGCGUGAAUUGAAAGAACGUUUAAUGCGCCAAUCCCAAGAAGGGGGUUGGAGUAGUAGAAUGUUGCAAAUAGCUGGUAGUGUUGUACGAGCGCCGAGGGUUAUACUACGAACUUUAUUAUCGGGUCCAGUGUUAGCUUCUUAAAGAUAGCUUGUUGCUCUUGCUCACGCGUGAUUGCGCCAUGUUUCGAGUUUCAUGUUGGAACGAAGAGUUUAAAAAGAGGAAUUUCGAGAGUGAUGAUGAUGAUUGUUUGCUAAGGGAAUGGAGAAAGGGAAGAUUUUAUGUUUGAGUUGAGGGAGAAGAGUUAUGUGGUCGCGAGGAAAUCAAAGGAGCAGAGAAUAGCGUCAAACUGAUAGUAAAUUCUCGGAUAUUUUAAUUACCAAAAUUAUUUUUUUUAUUUAUAUAUUUUUUUUAUUCUCUAUACUUUCUGAUGUUACGGACUUUAUAUACAUACGUAAGCAUUUAAAAUCAAAACGGGACGUAACACUUUAAAAUAUUUAACGAUUCUAUGUACAAUAUUGGAAACUAUCCUACUAAGUUAAGGAUGGACAAAUAAAUCUAGAUAUCAUGUAGUUU